CACGGCCUUCACCAUUUCGAACGGGAACGGAGUGACCCCCCUGUCUAUAAUUAUCGUUCCCAGGCUGCCACGUACUUCUCCGCGGCGAUUCCCGGCGGAGUGUUCGAUCAAUCGACCCUCCUCAGCCGAACAAUUCCACCACUUUUCAAAGCAUUCAUUUGGGUAUUUUCUUUUGAAAAAAAGAUGCAUCCUCCCCUAACGUUACAUCGGCACCCAAUGUGUGCAGAGGUUAUUGAGCAGUUCCAAAAAUGUCAUCUGGACCAUCCUAUUGGGAAGUUCUUUGGCCAAUGCACUGACCUCAAGAUCAAGCUCGACCGCUGCUUCAGGCAGGAAAAAAGUGUGAAGCGGAAGGCAAACUUUGAGGAGAGCAAGAAGUUUAAGGAGCGCCUGCGGGCAUGCAAGAAGGAAAUUGAUGAGGUUAGUAGCCAGGAAAGCUCGUUUGGGCAAGCUUAAAAUCAUAUUUGAAUGCCCAUUUGAGCUCCACAAAUAUGAUGAUUCUUGUUAUAUGUAUUCAUGAGUUCAGUAGAGAAACGUGCUGAAACUCAAAUGAGAAUUUUUUCAAUUGCUGGACUUUGCACAAGUUUUGAAUAGGAAAGAUUUCUUAAUACUCCGUGCAUGGAUGAAUCUCCUAUAGAAUUUCAUUGUAAUUUUGUUUUAUUUUGGGUAACUUCUAAAUGGAUGCAUCUCCUAGUUCUGGACCUUGACACGUGCCGAUUUUGGUUUUGCAACCGCCAAGCAUAGAUACGAAUUUGAUUUUUAGCAUCUGUGAAGAUAUCUGAAAAAAAUAAAUUGGUACGAAUUUG